AUGUCCGAAGAACCAACUCCCGGGAAGGGCAAAGGGAAGGAGAGGGAGAAGGCCGCAAGGAAGCUUCACAGGGCCAUCGAUGGCCUCUCCGAUGAACAAGUGACCCAACUUCUCGAUCUUAAUCCCGCUCUCGCGCACGAACUCGGCAGCGGGCAUGGCGAUGGUGACCCUGGUGCGGCUGCCGAGGCGCUGAAGCGCCUGAACCUCCAAGAGAUCAUGACGGGGCUUGCCUCCAGCGGCAAGAAUGUCAAGGAUAUGGGCGCGUACAAGUUCUGGGCCACCCAACCCGUCCCUAAGUUCGGGGAAGGCGAUAGUCCCGACGAACAAGUCGCUGAGGGACCUAUCAAGGUCCAGACUGUCGAAGAGAUCCCGAAGGAACCCGCACCGCUGCUGGACGGAUUCGAAUGGUCUACGAUAGACUUGCUCGACGACGCCCAACUGACGGAGGUUUGGGAACUACUGAAUGGCCAUUAUGUCGAGGAUGACGAAGCAAUGUUCCGCUUCAACUAUUCCACCAGCAUUCUCAAGUGGGCGAUGAUGCCACCCGGGUGGAAAAAGGAAUGGUACCGGGGAGUUCGGGCCAGCCAGUCAAGAAAACUUGUCGGUUUCAUCGCGGCCAUCCCAGUCGAGUUGCGCGUUCGAGACAAAGUUCUACACGCCUCCGAAGUCAACUUCCUCUGCAUACACAAGAAGCUUCGCUCCAAGCGCUUGGCCCCCGUGCUUAUCAAGGAAAUUACGCGCCUAUGCAACCUAGAGGGAGUUUUCCAGGCCAUAUACACCGGUGGCAUUGUCCUUCCGAAGCCAGUAAGUACAUGCCGAUACUUUCACCGGGCAAUCAACUGGCCGAAACUGUACGAGGUGGGAUUCAGUCCCUUGCCGUCGAACAGCAAGCCCCAGUUCCAGAUAAGAAAAUACGCCGUGCCGGACCGAACCUCGCUGAGGGGGCUGAGGGAAAUGCAAAAGAAAGACGUCGGCGCCGUGCAGGACCUCCUGACGCGGUACUUGGCCAAAUUCGACAUGGCCGCUGAGUUCAACAAGCAGGAGGUCGAGCAUUGGCUAUUGCACAAUAAGAAGGAUGCUUUAGAGGACCAAGUCGUCUGGACCUAUGUCGUCGAGGAUGACCACAAGAAAAUCACCGACUUCAUUUCAUUUUACUGCCUCGAAUCAUCUGUCAUUGGCCCUUCUACUCACUCCAACGUGAAGGCAGCCUAUCUGUUCUACUAUGCUACGGAAAUUGGCCUGGCCAAACCCGUCGACAGGGAAGCUUUGAAAGCUCGGCUUAAUGCUCUGGUUUCAGACUCUCUGGUGUACUGUAAACAGUAUAAAUUCGAUGUCUACAACGCGCUGUCGCUGAUGGACAACGCCCUAUUCCUGGAGGAACAAAAGUUCGGCCCCGGAGACGGCCAGUUGCAUUAUUACCUGUUCAACUAUCGGGCGAACCCCAUUGCGGGCGGGAUUGAUAAGAGAAAUCGCCUAGAUCCCGAGGCGCUGAGUGGCAUCGGGAAGACGCAAAUUUGACGUAUGUAAUCAGCACUCGAAUGCGGUGUAGAUGGUGGAGGAACCUGGUGCAGGGGCGGGCUCUCAGCAGAUAGGCGCAUGCGGCCUGUCGUUAUGGAUACCAAGUUCCCGGUUGCUUGAGCCAGAGGGGGGGAAGGGGGGGGGGGGGAGGGUGUAUAGGAUUCGUUGCUGACCCGGCCGACCUAUAUCUACUCCUUUCGUGAAUUCGGGUACCGCCAACCCUUGAUAUCUCAGCUUGCUUCUCGCUUCGGUGACCCCCUCCGGGCAACCCCCCUUCACAAGGACUCCCGAUAGUUGUUGGAGCGAGUAGACGCAUUCCUAGGCCGAGAUGUAAAGUGCAGCCUGGGAGGGCCUCAGCACCUCCACCCCAAUCAGAUCCCAUUAUCUAUCCCGACAGGGUCAUCCAAUAGAAUAGGAUUGAAAGGAAUUGCCAUGUCGCCAUGUAGGUAUACAUAUGUGACCAAUUGACGAUCCCCUUGUUGGUUUAUUGAGGUGUGAAUCUGCUGUACGCCCUGGUCACGGCAAGAUUCGUCAAAUACCAACCCGGAGGCCGGAUCGCGCCCGCAAUCACUCGCACACGUGGCAAGGGUCAGAUGAUAUACCAUCGCCUCGACCGAGUCGGCUUGCGGACGU